UCGUAUAUUGACUUGCAGACGACGCGCCUCCAGACCGAGCCUUCAGCGGCUGGCCCAUGCAACACCCGGAGGGAGCAUGCCUGGGCGCGCGUGACGACGCCGUCUCUUUGGACGACCUGUGCUCUCCAAGCCCAUGGCGCACGGCGGGCCUUGCCGUAUCCAUCUCGUCGUCGCGGCGGGAGCGGAACCUGGCCCCCCGCUGACAGCCCCCUUUGGGAGAAACGCUGGCGCAUCGUCAGGCCCUAGUGCGCGAAGGGGAGGUGAAUUCCACACGGAGCGUGCGCACACGCCCAGGGUUGCGCGUCAGUGCCAGUCAGCACGAACGAAGCCAUGGCAUCGCACGCCAGCUGGCCCAGCGGCGAGGCGCCGAAGCGACUGCGGACAGACGACGGCGUGCGCAGCAGAGUCGGAGAAUAUCGCUGCAGGGCGUUUCCAACCGCUGCGUCGCGAGGCGGUGCCGCUCCGACGCCUUCGCCGUUGCGACGGUUCGCGCGAACAGCCGAGCACGACCCCGGCCGCGAGCCACUCAGUGGGCCUUGCACAGGGCAGCCUCAUCAAAUCUCCUGCAACAUUGGGACAUUGAUCCGCGAUUCCCCAGGAUGGCCCUUGGGGAACGCCUGGAUGGACUGAUGGCCUCUUGAUUGAGGUUGCGCCCAUCCGCCGUUCUCCUCCACGAAGCUGCGAAAGGUGAACGCCCAUGAUGAGGCCUCUCCCUGGACUGCGCACGCUCGUGCUGCUAGCGACUCCAGUUCUCGCGAACCCACAAGGUCCGUGGACGAGUCUUCACCGCUC